AAUUUUUAUUUUUUGCAUUUUCUGUUUCUGUUUCUCGAGCAGAUAUACUCACAAAGUAUAAAUAUACUUGGAAUACCUAUUUCCCAAUUUACAGAGUACAUUUCGGCAGAGAACCUCAGUUGAGGUACACGGUACACGCAACUAAAAAAUUAAUCACGUAAAAUUAUAUACUACAAAAACACCUUAGAAGUCGCUUGCUAGUCGUUCGGUAGUAUAUUCGUCGUGUUUCUCUGGUCAGUUAAGUGCAAAUCGGCAAGUGAGUAAGGUGUUGCUUAUUCUUAUUUUGGAUUAUUCCAAUCGUUUUGGGUCUUUGCUUUUUCCAUAUUAUACGACUGUCUGAGUGUGUGAGGGUGUGUAUAGUAUAGUUUUGAAGAAGAAGAAAAAAUGUCAGCAAAAGCUAUUUACGAAGCAACUGGAAAGGACAUACUAAACCGGCAUUUGGGUAACAAUGUCGCUAGCACAUGUCGCUUUGCCACGGUCAACUUGGACACGGACAUAUCCAAACUGGUUGACACCCAUCCAUGGUUGAAGGAGACAAAAUUGGUUGUUAAACCCGAUCAACUGAUAAAGCGUCGUGGUAAAUUAGGUCUUAUCGCUGUAAACAAAUCAAUUGAUGAGUGUAUAGCAUGGAUCCAAGGGAGAAUGAACAAAGAUCAGCAAAUUGGAGCUGCUUGUGGAAAGAUAAAGAAUUUCAUUAUCGAACCAUUUAUUCCACACAAAGAUGAAGAAGAAGCUUAUGUGUGUAUCUAUUCACAUCGUAGUGCUGAUACGAUAUUAUUCCAUCAUCAGGGUGGUGUAGAUAUUGGCGAUGUUGAUGCCAAAGCACUUAAGCUUGAUAUUCCCGUUGGUCAAAAUAUUUCAGUUGAUGAAAUCAAACAAAAAUUAUUGGUCAAUGUGACAGCAGCGAAAAAAGAUCGCAUUGCCAAUUUUGUUUAUGCUCUCUAUCAAACCUACAUGGACUUGUACUUUACUUACCUUGAAAUCAAUCCACUCGUUGUGACCGAUGAUGGUAUGUAUAUUCUUGAUUUGGCUGCCAAGCUGGACUCGACAGCCGAUUUCAUUUGCCGUCCAAAGUGGGGUGAAAUUGAAUACCCACCACCAUUCGGUCGGGAUGCUUACCCCGAAGAAGCAUAUAUUGCUGAUUUGGAUGCAAAGAGUGGAGCUUCAUUGAAGUUAACCAUCUUGAAUAGGAAUGGUAGAAUUUGGACAAUGGUAGCUGGGGGUGGUGCAAGUGUUAUCUAUUCCGAUACAAUUUGUGAUUUGGGAGGUUCAGAAGAAUUGGCCAAUUAUGGUGAAUACAGUGGAGCUCCAUCAGAGCAACAGACUUAUGAAUAUGCAAAGACAAUUUUGAAUUUGAUGACAUCAUCGCCAAAACAUCCAGAUGGCAAGAUUUUGAUUACUGGAGGAGGAAUUGCCAACUUUACAAAUGUCGCAGCUACAUUUAGAGGAAUCAUUACUGCUUUGCGUGAAUUCCAACCAAAAUUGGUCGAUCAUAAUGUUUCCAUUUAUGUUCGACGUGCUGGACCAAAUUAUCAAGAAGGUCUACGGAAAAUGCGAGAAAUUGGUAGUUCAUUGGGUAUUCCAUUGUUUGUGUUUGGCCCAGAAACGCACAUGACUGCUAUUUGUGGCAUGGCAUUGGGCAAGCGACCAAUUCCCAAAUCAUGCAAUGUUGAAUUCUCAACUGCUAAUUUCUUGUUACCUGGUGGACAGCAAGAAGAUUCUGAAAGUAAAAGUGCAAAGGCUCCAGAAUUGGGAGAUUCUGAAGUAACUAACGGUUCAACGAAACACUCCAUUAAACUACCCCCUAUCUCGACAGAUUGUCAGAAAGCCGAUGAGGCUGAUGGCGGUCAAGCCGCAGCACUCUCCAAGACGUUAUUCUCGAACAAAACUUUUGCCAUAGUCUGGGGUAUGCAAGCAAGGGCAGUGCAAUCGAUGAUGGACUUUGACUUUAUAUGCAGACGUGAAGAACCAUCUGUAGUAGCCAUGGUCUAUCCAUUUACUGGUGAUCACAAGCAGAAAUUCUACUGGGGACACAAAGAGGUCCUAGUGCCAGUUUACAAGAAUAUGUCAGAUGCUGUCAAUAAGCACAAAAAUGUCGAUGUCUUGGUCAAUUUUGCUUCGUUGCGAUCGGCCUACGAUUCGACUAUGGAAGUUUUAGAGUACCCACAAAUUCGCACAGUUGCUAUCAUUGCCGAGGGUAUCCCAGAAAACAUGACUAGGAAGAUGAUAUUGGCAGCCAAUAAGAAGGGUGUAUCUAUUAUUGGCCCAGCAACAGUUGGAGGUGUUAAGCCAGGUUGUUUCAAGAUCGGAAACACUGGAGGAAUGUUGGAUAAUAUUCUCCACUCGAAACUCUACCGUCCCGGCAGUGUUGCCUACGUCUCAAGAUCCGGUGGUAUGUCCAACGAAUUGAACAAUAUUAUCUCCAAGGCGACAGAUGGCGUUCUAGAGGGAGUUGCUAUUGGUGGUGAUCGUUACCCUGGAACUACAUUUAUGGAUCACAUUUUGCGUUACCAAGCCGAUCCAGAGAUCAAAUUGAUUGUGUUGCUUGGUGAAGUCGGAGGAACUGAGGAAUAUGAUGUUUGCAAAGCUCUUAAGGAUGGCCGAAUCACAAAACCAAUGGUUGCUUGGUGUAUUGGAACCUGUGCUAGCAUGUUCACCGCCGAGGUACAGUUUGGCCAUGCGGGUUCGUGUGCCAACUCUGACCGAGAAACUGCCACCGCAAAGAAUAAGUCACUACGGGAAGCUGGUGCUUAUGUUCCAGAUUCCUUCGAUUCACUGGGUGAUUUGAUUGGCAGUGUCUACAAUGAAUUGGUGAAAUCGGGACGUAUUGUACCAAAGGAAGAGGUUCCACCACCAACCGUGCCAAUGGACUACUCGUGGGCCCGUGAAUUGGGACUUAUUCGUAAACCAGCCAGUUUCAUGACAUCGAUCUGUGACGAAAGAGGUCAAGAGCUGCGAUAUGCUGGCAUGCCAAUCAGUGAAGUUCUCAGUAAAGACGUUGGUAUUGGAGGUGUUAUUUCGCUGUUGUGGUUCCAACGCUGUCUGCCACCAUACGUAUGUAAAUUCUUCGAAAUGUGUCUCAUGGUGACUGCUGAUCAUGGACCAGCUGUAUCGGGAGCUCACAAUACAAUUGUUUGCGCGAGAGCUGGCAAGGAUUUGGUAUCAUCUGUUGUAAGCGGUUUGCUGACAAUUGGUGAUCGAUUUGGAGGAGCUUUGGAUGGAGCUGCAAGACAGUUCUCUGAGGCUUACGACUCAAAUCUGCAUCCUAUGGAGUUUGUCAACCAAAUGCGUAAAAAGGGACAACUGAUUAUGGGUAUUGGACAUCGUGUCAAGUCGAUCAACAAUCCUGAUGUUCGAGUGAAAAUUAUCAAGGAAUUUGUUAUUGAAAACUUCCCAUCUUGCCCGUUGUUGAAAUAUGCUUUGGAAGUUGAGAAAAUCACAACAAGCAAGAAACCCAAUUUGAUUUUGAACGUUGAUGGUGUAAUUGCUACUAGUUUUGUCGAUAUGUUGAAGAAUUCUGGUUCAUUCACAAGUGAGGAAGCACAGGAGUACAUCAACAUCGGUGCCAUCAACUCACUGUUUGUUCUCGGUCGCAGCAUAGGCUUUAUUGGACAUUACAUGGAUCAGAAACGACUCAAGCAAGGACUCUACCGCCAUCCAUGGGACGAUAUCUCUUAUGUUAUGCCAGAACAGUUUAACUAAAUUCCAUCUUUCUUUUCAUAUUUAUUUAUAAAAAUCAAAACAAAAAAUUUAAAAAAAAAACCUUAAUCUGUGUAUUUAGUAAGAGUAAGUUUUCUUUGCUUAAUUUCGGGUUAAUCCGAAAAACAUUGUUACUCUGUAAAAAAAAAUUAUAUUUAAAAAAAAAAAUCUUACACUCCAUAAUAUUUAAGAAAACAUAAAAAAAUUGGUUUUCAGAUUUUAUUUUAUUAUUUUUUUAUUUGCAUUUAAUAUUUUUUAUUAAUUUUUUAAAAAUUUGUUUUCUAUCUUCUCUCUCUGCUGUCCUUUUUCCCUUCAAUAUUUACUGAGUGUGAAAAGCAUGCCAUCUUUUUUGGGUGAAAUUUAAGAAAAAAAAUUAUUAAAUAAUUAAAAUUAAAAUCAAUAAAUUAUUUAAAAAUGUUGGCGAUUUUACAGCCACUCGGUAUAAAACUACAACAAAAAAUAACUGAUCGCUUAACCGCCGUUAUUAUAUCCUUGGGAUAAGUUAUGUCUUAUACAAAAAUAAAUACGAAAAAGCUUUUGCUGUUGAAAAAUAUUUGUUCUGUUAACACCGAAUAAGAAGAAAAUAUUAAUAAUGAUUGCAUGUAUGUAUAUUUAAAAAAGAAAACGAGGAUGUAAGAAGAUUUGUUAAAAAGUAAUAUUAUACUUCUUAAUGCACAAUAGAGUAUGUAAUAAUAAAAAAAGCACCUUGAUUGGAGAUUUUUAAAGACA